AUUAUGAUUAGAAUGUCUAUGUUUCUAUUAAAUGGAUUUAAAAAAAUUCUGAUCUGAGUUAAAAAUAUUUUUUUUGAUAGACUUUGUUUAGAUGACUAUAUUGACAAAUAAUAUAUAUAUCCAAAUGUUAAGCUUUUUAUUGUUAUGUAUCAUAAUAAUUGCUUAAUAGAAAAGCAUUCAUAGUUGGAAAUAAAUCUUUAAUAGACUGGUUCUUAUAGCUAUUAUUUAGCAUGUAAAUUUAGGCCUGGAUAUUGUUCAUGGUCAACUUAAAGUUGCAAUAUUUAUUGAUAAAUACUUAUUAUUAAAUAUAAUUUAUAUAAAUAAUUAGAUGAUGCAAUUCAUUAUAUUAAGCUUGUCCUUUGUAGAAAUAAUUAAAGCAGCAUUCACUUUACAAACUUGUACUGGAGAAACUAAUGCAACAUUAUGUAUGAUGAAAGGAAAUUGUGAAGUGACUGCUUAUACUACUGUCACAUGUGCAGCUAUUACAGAUUGUUAUAGAAUUAGUGAAGUAUAGGCUUGCAUAGCGGCAACAGUGGGGUAUAUUACUGGUUGUGUACCAAUAAACAUAGAUUAUAAAUAUGAAAAUGUUUGUGUUAAAUCAGGAGAAACAAAAGUUCCAAACGGACUCUUAAGAUUUAGAAGAUAAGCCAACAUAACUAGAUCUCCAGAUAUCACGUUAUCUGAAACACCUGUUACUAUAUUAACAACAACUACUACACCAUAAAAAUACACCUAUCAAUUAUUUACUUUAGAUAUUCUUCUAGCAUCUCCUACAUAAUUGUCUACUAUUUUAGAUGCAUUCAAUCAUGGAAUCAACUAAUUGAUUACAGAUGCUGUUCAACCAAAAUUCUUGGAAAAGGCUGUAAUUGAGACUUUUUAGAGCAUUAGAGUAAAUAUAUAUAUUUAAUUAAUUUUAGGAUGAUGUAACAUAUACACUAACGACUAGAUCUGAUUAACUAAUUAAAGCCUGGGAUUUAGUUAACAUUCUAUUUAAAAGGUAUGAAAGUUAUAAAGCAUAUUAUGUUCAAAAUUAUGAUUUUAUAAAUUUUGGGUUCUCAAAUUUAAAUAGAUAGAAAAUUGUUUUAACAACUAAAACUUAUGAAAUAGAAAUUACAUGGACAAGUUAUGCUAAUAAUGGAUACAUAUAUGUAAUGACAUUAGCUCCAGAGUAAUUCGGAAUUAUUAGCGUAGGAUAAUUAUCUGAUUUAAUAUGGAUCAAAACAGUGAAAAUUGAUGGUACAGCCUAAACAAUAACUGAGGUUCCUAUCUCAAUUAAAUAUACAUGGAUUGAUACUACCUUAUAUUCAACAACUUUUUAUUAAAUAUUUGAUAAGGAAUUUGUAGCAGCAUACUCACCAGGAGCUGGAACUGCUGUUACUGGCUGUUAAUAUCCAAUUACAGGAACCACAUAUUGCCCUAGUUUUGCAAUUCCAGCUACCCCUGCUGCUCUUGAUGAAUUAAUAAUAUUUCAUCAUAAUCCUAUUAAGGCCUGCAACACUGAUAUUUCAUCAACAGAUAAGCCGUAUUUCAGACUAGCAAAAUGCUGAUGAAAAUCAAAUAUAUAAAAAUC